UUCUCUCCUACUCGCAGUUGUGGUUCUCCAAGUUUCAACAAGUUAUGUGCGCCGCUUGGUCAAAUGGGAUCUGAGGAUAAACUAAUCAGCUGGAUCUGCCGGUUAACGGUUAUUACAGCUUUCUUCUUGAUCGGCUUUAUUAUUGGCUGGUUUGCUCGACCUACAACUGUCAAUCAUGGACACGCAUCGAAAAGCUUCCUGCGCGACUUUCUGGAUGAGAUGAAAGCAGAGAAUAUUAAACAGCAUCUCAGGAAGUUCACCAGGCUUCCACACCUGGCAGGAACGCAGCAGAAUCUGGAUCUGGCGGAGCAGAUCGGAGCCGAGUGGAGGGAGUUUGGGUUGGACUCGGUAGAGCUGGUUCCCUACGACGUGUUGCUGUCAUACCCAAAUAAAACAACACCCAACUACAUCUCAAUAGUGGACCAGCUGGGCAAUGAGGUCUUUAAAACGUCUCUGGCUGAGCCGAUCCCUGAAGGUUAUGAACAUGUUACUGAUAUCGUUCCUCCCUAUAGUGCUUUCUCUGCAAAAGGUCAACCAGAGGAUGAGCUGGUGUAUGUUAACUACGGACGGACGGAGGAUUUCUUUAAGCUGGAGAGAGAGUUGGGAAUAAACUGUACGGGAAAAAUCGUCAUCGCUAGAUAUGGCAAAAUCUUCCGUGGGAACAAGGUGAAGAAUGCCAUGUUAGCGGGGGCUAAAGGGAUCGUGCUGUUCUCGGACCCUGCGGAUUACUGUGCGGACGGCGUUGAGCCGUAUCCCAAAGGCUGGAACCUGCCGGGAGGAGGCGCUCAGAGAGGGAACGUCCUGAACCUGAACGGGGCGGGAGACCCCCUCACACCGGGAUACCCGGCCAAAGAAUACACGUACCGGUCCAGCAUGGAGGACGCCGUGGGGCUUCCCGGGAUUCCAGUGCAUCCCAUUGGAUAUCAUGAUGCGGUUCUCCUGCUGCAGCAUAUGGGUGGACCUCUUCCUCCGGAUAACUGGAAGGGUUCACUCAACAUCUCGUAUCGACUUGGACCGGGAUUCAUGGACGGAUUUAGCCAGAAUAAAGUACGUAUGAACAUCCACACCAACAAUCAGGUGACCCGUAUCUACAACGUGAUUGGCUGGAUCCGAGGAGCCGUGGAGCCAGACCGGUACGUGAUUCUGGGCGGCCAUCGUGACGCUUGGGUUUUCGGAGGGAUUGAUCCCGUGUCAGGAGCCGCUGUGGUGCACGAGAACGUGAGAGCGGCUGGACAACUUAUGAAGAGAGGCUGGAGGCCGAGGAGAACGCUGAUCUUUGCCAGUUGGGAUGCAGAAGAGUUUGGUCUGCUGGGAUCCACAGAAUGGGCUGAGGAUAAAGCCCGAGUCCUGCAGGAGCGAGCCGUGGCCUACAUCAACGCAGACUCUGCUAUCGAGGGUAUGUACACACUGAGGGUCGACUGCACCCCCUCCCUUCACACUCUUGUUUAUGACAUCACCAAGAAGGUUUUGAGUCCAGAGGAUGGAGAGGAGGGCAUGAGUCUGUACGAGAGCUGGCACAAGCGAGACAACUCCACAGACAGAGAUGCGCCAUGGAUCAGUAAACUGGGCUCUGGAAGUGAUUUUGAAGCGUAUUUCAUCAGAUUAGGGAUUGCGUCUGGAAGGGCGAGAUACACCAAAAACCGGAAAACCGAGCGCUACAGCAGUUACCCGGUUUACCACAGCGUGUACGAGACCUAUGAGGUCGUGGAGCGCUUCUACGACCCGAGUUUCCGGCGGCUGGAGGCGGUGGCCCGUGUUCGAGGAGGACUGAUCUUCAGUUUGGCUGAUUCUCUGAUCUUACCUCUGGACUGUAGAGAAUACGCCUCAUCUCUCAGCAAAUACGCUAACAGCAUUCACCAGCUAGCACUGAAGCAUCCUGACGCCAUGCAGCAGUUCGGCAUCUCAUUCGAUUCUCUCUUCUCAGCCGUCGAGAACUUCACAGUCGCAGCGCGAGACUUUCAUCAGCGCCUCGAUCAGCUCGACACUUCUAAUGCCCUGGAUGUGCGGAUGGUGAAUGAUCAGCUGAUGUAUUUAGAGAGAGCUUUCAUUGAUCCGUUGGGUUUGCCUGGAAGACCAUUUUACAGGCAUAUCAUUUUUGCUCCCAGCAGUCACAAUAAAUACGCAGGCGAGUCUUUCCCAGGGAUUUAUGACGCUUUGUUCGACAUUGAGAAUGCGGCGAACCCGCAGAAGGCCUGGGACGAGGUCGAACGCCAAAUCAGCAUCUCUGCCUUCACCGUCAACGCAGCCGCCGGGACGCUAAAGCCGGUCGCCGGAUAGACAGACUUCCUUUAAA